CGCGCGCCCGCCGACGGUCUUAGGGCGAUGAUGGCGGAAGACGAGCAUCGCUGAGUCCGCUGGCGAUUUAUUUUUUUUUAUUACUAUUAUUAUUAUUUCACACUUACGCGCGCGCGUACGCACACACGCACACGCACACAUAAUAUUCUGACCACAAACAUCAACAGGACGCUCGACCUCUUCGGUCGGCCGGCGGAAAGCAGGCGAUGGGGAACGAAGCCAGUCUGGAGGGCGGGGACGUGAUGGGGAUGGCGGGAGCGCCGCCGGGCUCCGGUUCAGCACCACCGGGCUCCGGACAGCUCCACAAGCCCGUCAAUGGCGCAGCGGCUGGAGCGCCCAUGAGCAGACUGUCUGGAGCUCCCCCAAGUCCCAAAGCUGGCUAUGGGCCCACCAGUGGCGUUGGUACGGGUGGGGGCAUGGGAGGCAUGGGUGGAAUGGGAGGAAUGGGGGGCAUGGGUGGGAUGGGAGGCAUGGGAGGCUUAUCAGGACGAGGAGACCCCUACAGGUUGGCCACCCAUGAAAGCCCCAGGCCCUCUCCAACCCCUCAAUCCCAGACACAAGCAUCCUCCCAGGGCAUGGGAAGCGACCAAGGUCCUGGCCAGCAUGCCUCCAGACGAAACCUUCAAGUGGACUUCAGCAGUACGGGCCGGUCCGGUCGAUCACCAUCCGUGUCCCCAGACCGAGGCAGUGCCCCCAGCUCGCCCUACUCCGUCCCCCAGAUAGCCCCCAUGCCCAGCAGUAAGCUGUGCCCGAUCUGCAAUACCACAGAACUGACCAGCACUGACGGAGCACCCAACUUCAACAAGUGCACCCAGUGUCGCACCACCGUCUGCAACCAGUGUGGCUUCAACCCUAACCCACACCUUACAGAGGUCCAAGAGUGGCUUUGUCUAAACUGUCAGAUGCAGAGAGCACUGGGGAUGGACAUGACUACACCUCGAUCCAAGAGCCAACAGCACAUACACUCUCCCUCCCACCAACCUAAACCGGAUCCCAUCCCUCCCUACUCCCAGGCCUCUACUCAACCUCAACCUCAAACCCAGCAUCAUCCUCCAACCCAGAAUCAUCCUCAAACUCAGCAUCAUCCUCAAACCCAACAUCAUGCUCAAACCCAACAACAUCAUCCUCAAACCCAACAACAUCUUCCUCAAACCCAACAACAUCAGCCCCAAACCCAGCAUCAUCCUCAAACCCAACAACAUCAUCCUCAAACCCAACAUCAUCCUCAAACCCACCACCAACCCCAAACCCAGCCAUAUUCCAAAACCCAACCCCAGACUCAACCUCAAGCCUCUCCAGGCCUUCAGAGACAAACAGGACAAACUACUACUACUAGCCCUUACCAGACUGGCCCUCAGUCAGGCCCCAGAUCUCAGACAGUCCCUGCAACCCAAACUGGACCUUCUCAAAUGGGAUACCCACAUCUAGGAACCCAAUCAGGGCCUCAGGCUCCACAGAGUCAAGCUGGGGAAUUUGGUCAAAGAGGUCCAGGUGGGAUGGCACAGACCGGACCCCGCAUUCCUCACCCAGGAGCCGUGCCCUUACCAGGCCUGGCUAAGGCCCCAUCGCAGCCGGACCUCGGUCGAGGAUCUCCAGUUCACUACGGAGGUCGACCGGAUCAGAUACGGAGCGCUGGGAGUUCACCGGCUCAUCGGCCUGCCUCAGUCCACGGCGCUCCUACUGCUCCUCAGGAUGGCCUGACCAAGCUGUUUGGCUUUGGAGCAUCCCUGCUGAACCAGGCUAGCACCUUAAUCUCUGUGGACCCUCUCCCUGGAAGUGGACCCUCGCCUCAGCCCUCAUCUGCUCGUCAACAACAGGGCAACCAGGGCCCCAGAGUGCUGUUCAGCGAUGCUAGUGCCGGAUCUAAGGCUGCAACAGGACCUGCCGGUGGAGUCAAACCAGGCUUUCCUCAGGGUCCUCAUGCCCCUCAGCAGAAACAGCCUCAGCAACAGCAUCCGCCUCAGCAACAGCAGCAACACCAUCUGCCUCAGCAACAACAACAUCCGCCUCAGCAACAACAACAUCCGCCUCAGCAACAGUCAUUGCCGCAUCAUCAAAAUAUGCCCCAGCAGCAGCAGCAGCCACAGCAGCAGUCGCCAGCGCAUCAUCAGAAGGCGCCACAGCAGCAGCAGCAACAGUCUCCACUAAAGCAGCCUCAGCCAGUGAGCCAGAAGCCUAAAGUCAACUGCCCACUGUGUAAAACCGAGCUUAACAUAGGAUCCACUGAGCCUCCCAACUACAACUCCUGCACCCAGUGCCACACACAGGUCUGCAAUCUCUGCGGCUUCAACCCAACUCCACACCUUGUUGAGAAAAAAGAGUGGCUCUGCCUGAACUGUCAGACCCAGCGACUAAUGUCGGGAGGGCUGGACGACUCGCCUCUUCCUGUUCCUCAUCCGUCCCCAAAACAUCAACCAAUGGGCUCACCCCGGCAUCAAGCACCGGCCAGUCAGCAAUCUGCUCAGCAGCCAGCCUUUCAAAAAGCCUUUGCUACUCAGCAGCAAGGGCCCAAAUCAAUGCCACCACAACAGAAAGGCCCAGCAGCUCAAGGAAGUGGACCUAUUGCUCCCACUGCAGCCAAAAUGGCAGGAGAUACGAAACCUCCACACACUUCACAGUCUACUGCUCCUACUUCUACUUCCACAACCAUCAGCGAAGCACAGAAGAAGGACAAGACCACGGCUCGGAUAGACAGAGAGUCUGAGAAUGUAUCUGCUGUCACUGAGGAGUUUAAGCUUAUUCAGAAGAAAGGAACUACAGAACCUAUUUCAACCACCACACCUACUAAAGAUGAAAAGAGGGAUUCACAGAGAUCCAGAUACUAUGAGGAGGCGAGCAAAACAAACAGUACCCACGACCUAUCACGGAGCCCACAGAGUCUGAGUGAUACAGGCUAUUCCUCUGACGGGAUCUCGAGCUCACACAGUGAGAUAACUGGCCUCAUCCAGGAGGAAGAGCUCAAGUUAAGUGAGAGGGGUCUCUCUGGACACCACACACCACCAAGCCCCUCUGAGAUAACUAAACUUGAAAGCUCAAUGCGCCCUCUGCUAGAGUCCAAGGUAUCCUCUGAAGGGGAAAGGGCACGAGACAAAGAACGCGGUAGAGACAGACACCACAGAGACUCUGACGACAGGAAGCACAGAUCCCACUCACUGUCAAUCAGUCCAGAAGAAUAUGAUUCUGACGAGGAACUGGAGGAUAUUAUGGAGGAAGAGGAGGAUGCAGCUGACUGGGAGGCCAAACGAGAGCUCAGAGCAAUGGCGGCUGCAGGAGAGGAAAAGAAGAAGAAAAAAGAACCUGGUGAGAUGACUGAUGAGGAGUUUAUGAGAAGGCAGAUAAUGGAGAUGAGUGCAGACGAAGAAAAUGAUGAUGAAGAGGAAGAGGAAGAAAUGGAGGAAGAGGAAGAGGAGGAGGAAGAAGAGGAAGAGGAUGAAGGUUAUGGCUACCAAAAGGCAAAAAAGAUACACAAGCACAUCAGUGACUCAGGGAAAGAAAAGCGCCGACUUACUCACCAUUCAAGCAGUUUUGAAGAGGAGAGUAAAACAACCAGUGACAUCUACAAAGGUUCAGCUGAAGAAGGAGAGGAAGACCUUAUGGGCUCACAAGGAGGCCUACGUAGAUUCAAGACCAUAGAGCUGAACAACACCAACAGCUACAGUCGGGACAUGGAACUUAGCAAUGAAAACGACUUAAGCCUAGACAGGGAGCCUGAACUUGAAAUGGAAAGCCUUACAGGUUCUCCAGAGGAGCGCUCAAGAGGGGAGUAUUCCUCAACUCUCCCACCAACCACUUCAAGUUACACCUCGGGAACAUCUCCAACCUCUGUUUCCUCCAUGGAGGAUGACAGUGAUAGCAGCCCCAGUCGGAGACAGCGCCUUGAAGAAGCUAAGCAGCAGAGGAAAGCCAGACACCGGUCCCAUGGCCCACUCCUUCCUACCAUAGAGGAUUCCUCAGAGGAAGAUGAACUAAGGGAAGAAGAAGAACUUCUGAGAGAGCAAGAAAAAAUGAGAGAAGUAGAGCAACAGAGGAUCCGAAGCACUGCCAGAAAAACAAAACGUGACAAGGAAGAGCUGAGGGCACAAAGACGUAGAGAAAGGUCCAAAACUCCUCCCAGCAACCUUUCACCAAUAGAAGAUGCUUCCCCAACAGAGGAGCUGAGGCAGGCUGCUGAAAUGGAAGAACUGCAUCGUUCUUCCUGCUCAGAGUAUUCACCUUCAGUUGACUCUGAGGCCGAGGGAUAUGAAAUGUCAUCUAAGCUCUACAAGUCUGGCAGUGAGUACAAUUUGCCAACAUUCAUGUCACUCUAUUCACCUACUGAAAAACCUGAAACCACGUCCUCCGCUACUAUUACAACUACCUCCUCAAGUGGCAAGCCUCUCAAGAGUGCAGAGGAAGUUUAUGAGGAAAUGAUGAGGAAAGCAGAGAUGCUGCAGAAACAACAGAAACAGCAGCAGCAACAGUCUCGCUCAGUACAGCAGUAUAGUACUAGUGCCUACCAAGAAGAGGACAGACGAAAUGGACAGCAAUAUGAAGAUGAGUAUGAGUACAUUGAUCAAGAUGAUACUGGCUAUGAGAAUGAGGAAGCCAGUGAUAUCUAUGAGGAGAUUCGUCAGACGUCGCAGAAUAUCACCAAGCAGUUGGAUGAUCAAGUGGAAAUGGAUGUGGCUUACCCAGAUAAACAACUUCUAGACACAGGGUCAGCCUUUGCUAAACUUCUAGAGCAGAGCAAUGCACUCCUGACUCCUGGCACAAGCCCUACUCAACUCUCAGCCCCCGUGUCAUUCUCUGAAACAGGAACGGGGGGACGGAUACCCGAUGUCAGAGUAACUCAACACUUCUCCAAAGAUAAAGACAGACUCAGAAGUCACGCUGGCAAAAAUGGCAUCACACCUGCAGCUGCUGCCACCACUAUCACAGCAUAUGGAGUGUAUUCCAGGGAUGCUGUCACAGUCUCACAAACUAGUACCAGUCAAACAAUGACAACAUCCCAGUCCACACUGUACAGUCGACAAACGAGCAGCACUGUUACAACUACCACAAGUAUUUCAAGUGUGUCCAGCAAAAUAGCUGAAAUCACUCAGGCUUAUAGUCAACGAGAGGGAAGGAGAAUGUCAGACAGCAGAAUUCAAAUGAGAGAUGCAAUACCUACAGAGUCAGCCAUGGAACAUCGAACUCCUAAAGUUUAUGCAUACUACAAAGGAAGCCCACCCCUUUCCCCCACUUCUCCUCCUGCUCACAGUCCAGCCCGAUCGCCUUCCAGGAGAACAGCUGAAUUUUCAACUCAGACAUUUAGCCCCUCAAUGAUAGCACCCUCUGGAGGAUCUGGUCCCACAUCUCCUGUUAUGGCACAGGCCACUCAGACACCUCACAGAGCAGUCUCUCCACGUCUUUUUAGACAGCAGUCCUCUCAGGAUGCCCCUUUCAUGGUGAUAUCAAUUGGAUCUGAGCCCACUAGCCCACCAAAGCCAGCUACAGUAAACACUGCCACCUCUCCCUUGUCUUCACCAACAAGAUUCAGCCGCCAGUCAACAUUUGAUGCCUAUUCACCCCCUGUGAGCCCCCCUGAUACACCACCAUACCAACAGUCACCUCAACAUGGUUUCUACAGAACCCACAAGGUUGAGAGAGUUAAUGUUGGGACAAGCAUGGUAACAACUGCAAGCACUUACACUCGUGGAUCCCUAUCAAUGGAAAAUAUAUCUCUCUGUCGUAUUUCCACAGUCCCUGGCACCUCAAGAGUUGAGCAAGGCCAUCGUGUACAGAGUGCAAGCGUCGUAGACCUGAGGACUGCUGGCAAGUCAGCUCCAAUUAUUAUGACAGAUCAGGGAAUGGACUUAACUUCUUUGGCCACAGAGUCUCAAAGGUACUCAGGCAGUGCAGAGGGUAGCCCCAUUCGCCAUUCCACUACUAUCCAGCCCCUCAUUAUGAACUUGAAUGCCCAGGAACAGCCACAUGUUGCUGUGUCUACAGCCACAACAGUCAGUGUAACUGUUGCUGCUUCCAUGUUUAUAACUCAACCCAAGCAUCCAGUGGUUUAUGGUGAUCCCCUUCAAAAUCGAGUCGACUUUGGACAGGGUAUGGGAACAGUGGUAUGUCUGGCACAGAACAAACCACCACCAAUUGAUCCAUCUAUACCAAAUAUCGAUGCCAAGUUAGAAGACCUCAGUAUUCAGCAACAGCAAUUACUUAAGCAGCAGCAGAAGCUUCAGCAGCAACAGCAGCUCUUGGAGCAGCAACUGCAGCAACACCAUCAACUUCAGCAGCAGCAGCAGACUGCUUCUUUUGCCAAGCUUGAUCUAUCCACUCAGUUGCCAUUAAUAAAGAAGGACCUGCUUGUCAGUCAGACUAGCACUGCCCCAGUAGUGAGUGCCAUAUCUCCUGCUGUGGCAUCUGAGAUUUACAGCAUUGGAGGUUCCCUUGAGCUGAGGGGUAAACCACCAGAGCCUGGUGCUGUGAACCUUACCACUGCCCAGCCUCACAUUAUGAUGGUCCAGAUGGAUGGUACUUCACAAGGAGCACCUCUUACCCAACUGGUCAAACCAGAAGAAGGUCAAGAUGCAAUGGAUCUAACGGGGCAAAUUAAAAAAGAGAAUCAAUUGGCUUGCUGUGAUGUGGUUUAUAACCUGCCCUUUGGUGGUAGCUGUGUGGGAGGUCCAUUCUCCCAAAAACCAGCAGAAGAGACAGUACAUGUUACUGAAGCACCAAGGCCUCCUUCUGCACCACCUCAACUCUAUCAACCAUUAGAGGCAAAGCAAGACAGACAGCCAUACCAAGAUUUUGCUUUGAAAUCAUACACACUGCCAUUCCCUGGCCGGCUGCAGCCAUCCAUGUCUGAAACCAACCUAGCAGAAGCAGGGCUUCAGGGCUACCCUUCAAAGCUAGACCCACAUUUGCAAGCUUCUGGAGAAUUAGCCAUGGAUUUAACCUCAGUAAAGCAAGUCUAUGAAGGAGGAUACUUUGGAAUGGGACUUCAAUAUGGCUCCUACACAGAUCUUCGUCAGGGCGAUGUGGCAGCUCCACCACUGCCUAUAAGGAGGUUCAGCUCCUUGUCCAAUAUCAGUUCAGACUAUGGAUACUCUUCUCGUGACCUUGCUAGUUUCCAGGAGGCUAACCUUGCCCAGUAUAGUGCCACAACUGCAAGGGAGAUUAGUAGAAUGUGUGCAGCCCUCAAUUCAAUGGACAGAUAUGGUAGCAACCCCAAUCUUUUACAGUUAGGUGCUGGACGAGGAGGUGUUCCACCUAGCAGAAUGAAUCUGCCUCAAGGUCCGAGACCUGGCUUCAUGUAUGGCCCAGAUGGAAAGCCUCUUUCCUUAGCUCUCAGUAAUCUUAUCAGCGCAAGACAAGCAAGCCUUAGAGCCAUGUAUCCAGCAGCUAUUAGAUCAGCUGAUGGUAUGAUCUAUUCAACUAUCAAUACACCCAUUGCGUCCACUGUACCAAUCACAACUCAGCCUGCUUCUGUGCUGCGUCCAUUACUUAGAGGUGUUUACAGACCAUUCCCCACACCAAAUAUGUCGCCAGUACCUCUGGCUAGCCUCUCAAGAAUGCCUGUGGCACCCAGGAUGCCUCUCACAGGGCAGGCCCCUUACCGUUUCCCAGCACCGAGCCGUCUUCCUGUUGCAACCUCUGCUAUUGCAACUGAGUCAAUUGCUGUCAAAACAGAGCAGGAUGAACCUGUGUAUCUUGGAAAGCCUUUAGUAUGCUCAUCAGCUCCUGGAACUGGAAAUGUACCUCUAACUCAGUCAUCUGCUUUAGGCAGUGACCAAAAAACAGCAAUGACUGUCUCAACACAAGGGGUUUCUCCAGCUAUCCAAUCUCUGCUUCAGCAACAGCCAAUAAAUCUUUCUCAGCAACAUCUUCACACCCAGGCCCAGCAGCCUUUGGCUUCACAACCUCAACCUCCACCUGCUCAUUCUUAUCCACCCACACACGGUCAGAUUCCAUCUCAGUCUGUUCCAACACAGCCACCUCCUCCAGCACAGACACCUGCAACAACUGCCACAUCACUAGGAGGCCCUCCACCAGAAAAGGAGACAGAAGAAGAAAGGCUACAUCGUCAGUUAUUGCAGUUAGAAAGAGAGAAAGUCGAGCUGGAAAAAUUCAGACAACUACGGCUCCAGGAGGAGCUUGAGAGAGAACGUGUAGAAUUGCAACGAAACAGAGAAAAAGAGCAUAUGCUGGUGCAGCGAGAGAUUCAUGAGUUACAAAACAUCAAGCAACAGGUUUUACAGCAGCAGCAGGCUGAGAGAGAAAGUCAACUGGUUAUGCAGAGAGAGCAGCUGGCUCAACAGAAACAGCAGCUUGACCAGAUACAAUCUUUGCAACAACAGCUUCAGCAGCACCUUGAAGAGCAAAAGAGACAAAAGACUGCUGCAGCAGUUGCUGCUGUUAGUACCCAAAUCAUCUGUGAUCAAACGGGCAGAAUUAUUCAGCCUCAAGACCUGCCCCCAGAUAUGCAAUAUGGGGAUAUGCAGGUCUCUUCCAGGUCAUUGCCUAACUCUUCAUCAGAAAUGUGCCUUAGGAAUGAGGCCCAAGCAGAGAACAGGUCUAUGAGGAAACAAAGAUCCAUGCCUCGUCUACAGGAUGGGGUUGACGGAGAGGUAACAAUGUUUUCCUUGCCACGAAGAAUUGUAGACAGCAGUGUGCAAACAGAUGAUGAAGAUGGUGAGGACAGAUACCUAAUGUCCAGAAGAAGAAGGACUAGGCGCAGUGUAGAUUGCAGUGUUCAAACAGAUGAUGAUGAGGACAAAGCAGAGUGGGAGCAGCCAGUAAGACGAAGACGUUCACGGUUCUCCAGACACUCUGACCCUGGUGCAGACACUAAAAAUGAAAGCAGUUCAGUUGCAGCAGUUAAAGUUGCAUCAUCCAGUAUUGCCAUUCAGACCAUUCGGGACUGCUCUUGCCAAACAGAGAAGGAACAGCUAGGGAGGAUAUCACCAGCCAUACAUGUCACCGUGCCAGACCCUAACAAAGUUGAGAUUGUCCACUAUAUUUCUGGACCAGAAAGAACACAGAAGGGGCAAAGCUUAGCCUGCCAAACCGAGCCUGAGGCCCAAUCUCAAGGAGUGGUAGUACCACAAAUUAGCAUACCCACAACAAUUAGCCCAUACUCUAGCAGUGUACAGCUUGUGGGGCCAGCAGAUCCACUAUCAUCUCGUCAACAUGGUGUUGCGAAGUUUGAGAGACGGAAACCAGAUCCCUUGGACAUUGGCUACCAGCAGCAUCAUCUUCACAACGAGUCGCUGUCCAGUGUGAUUCGGCAACCACCAAAAUCCCCUCAGGUGCUGUAUUCUCCUGUAUCACCUCUAUCUUCACCCCAUCGCAUCAUAGAGACAUCAUUCUCAUCUAGUGAGCGGCUGAAUAAAGCCCAUGUCACUCCUCAGCAGAAGUCAUAUACAGCUGAGUCGCCACAGCGGCACCAGAGUCUACCCCGGCCGAUGAAGAAUGUCCAGAGAUCCAUGUCAGAUCCCAAGCCACUCAGCCCCACAACUGAUGAGCAGACCAAGGCUAGGAUUUCCCUUUACCAGCAGCAAGCACUCCAGAGUCAGUUGGCAGCACUUCAACAGAGCUCCCUCCUGAGGAAGGUUAAACGGACUCUGCCCAGCCCCCCGCCUGAGGAGGCUCAGCUGCCCAUGGUCACCCCUGCCCUGCCCCAGAUGUAUAUGCCCUCUGUGCCCUCCAUGAAGGCUGGUUCUCGGCCAGGACUGGCAGCCAAAGCAAGCCUCCUGAAGGAUCUGACCCAUGAACUUAAGGCUGUUGAGCAGGAAUCCACUAAACUUCGAAAGCAGCAGGCUGAGCUGGAGGAGGAGGAGAAAGAAAUAGAUGCCAAACUUCGAUACCUGGAGAUGGGUAUCACACAGCGAAAAGAAACUCUAGUAAAGGAGAGGGAGAGGAGGGAACUGGCAUACCUGCGGUGCAUGGGUGAUGCACGAGACUACAUGUCUGAUUCUGAACUGAACAACCUUCGCCUGGCAGCUGCAGCUGCAUCCCUGGAGAACAACGGACUUCUGACAAGACCAAGCACAGCACCGCUCAGCCAGUUUACCAGUGAGCUGAACACUGCUGCACAGUUUCCCCCUACAUCAUCCUUUGUGUCCUACCAGUACCCACAGGGCCAGUCAACAGUACCUGCUCCACCAGCCUCCACCUUCCAGAGCACUGGAUUCAACCAGCCUCCCUAUCCUACAAUCUCCCAGGCCCAGGCUCUCCCCCAGCCCACACCCCUGCAGACCCACCAUCCUACCCCAUCAUAUCAGGCUCAAGGGACCUUCCCUUCCCAGAGCUUCCCCCCAAGUCAACCACCAUACCCAACAGAUCAUACAGUGCUACCUCUGACUCAACCAAGCCAUCCAGGGUUUCAGCCUCCUCCACAACCACCUGUUGGUCCGACUCCUUAUCCAACCCACACCACGCCAUACCCGAGCCAGGCUCCCCCCUACCCGGUCAGCCAGGCGAGUACCUACCAGCCACAGGCAGACAUACUGACUGUCCACCAGAGGCCACGGCAGACCUCGCUGGCUGACCUUGAACACAAGAUGCCCACUAAUUAUGAGGUUAUAAGCAAUCCUACUGUAGUAGUAACAACCACUGCUCAGGAUUCUACCUAUAGCCAGUCUGGUUUGGCUCCAUCUUAUGGACCAUACAGCACAACCAUGGCAAGCACGUAUGGGCCAUACUCCACAGCAGUUUCAAGUACUUACGGUGGCUACCCAAGUACCACAGCAAGUUCAUAUGGUCCGUAUACAACAACUUCAUCAAGUAGCUAUGGUCCUUACACUACAACCAUAGCGAAUACUUAUGGAUACACAACAACCACAGCCAGUUCUUAUGGACAAUAUACAACCACAGUUGCAAGCACAUAUGGGCAAGCAACACUAUCAGACCAUUUACACUCAGUGGACAGCCCCUCUACUUAUACUGGUGAUGGUCUCUAUGGUUCCUCUAACCUUGAGCAGAAUGUCCCUAGGAACUAUGUAAUGAUUGAUGACAUCAGUGAGCUAACCAAAGAGGGCAUGGGCACCACCUCGGACCCACACCGCAGUGAGGGCCAUGGGCGCUAUGGGGCUGACGGACUACACACACGAGGGGGGAGCUCCUACGGCAGACCAGAGGACGAGCGUGACGCAGAGAUGUACGACCAUCACCAUGGCAGGGGUAAGAGCACCGGCAGCUACCAAGCGCGAGGGGCAGAUACGCAUGGCCGGGUAGUGGGCAGCAGUAGCAUGGGUGGGGGAUCCUCAUAUUACUAUGAUGACUUCAAACACUCGACAACCUCGAGGGCAGCACAGAGGCACUCCUCAAAGAGCCUGGCCCCAGCUGUCAUGUCUACCAAGAGGAGCAAGCAUCGUAAGCAAGGCUUGGAGCAGAAGAUCUCCAAGUUCUCCCCAAUAGAGGAGGCUCGUGAUGUGGAGGCUGAUCUGGCCUCAUACACCAUGAGCACCUCUACUACAAGUGGUUAUGGUACAGGUUCCCGUUCACGGAAACUCCAAGAUGAAAUCUAUGGGCUUCGACAGACCAGCUAUGACUCAUAUCGUGGCUACUAUGAUGAUGAACGACUCUAUGGCUACGGCAGGUCCCGCUCAACUGGUUACGGCAUGGACAAGAUUUCCUCUCGGGAGACAGGCUACAGAAGCAGGUCUUAUGAACGGGACUAUACAGAUCGGUCAUACAGAAACAGUUAUGGCCGCAGCGGGCGCCCCACUUUACGCUCUCAGUACUCUGAAGAGGGGAGCCCACUUAGUCCCAUGGGGAAGCUAGUGGGCGGUAGGCGGACCUACUACGAUCCAACUAACCCGUAUGGCUCAAGCCACUCCCUUCCCGAUGUGCAGGACCAUAUUCGAGACUUGCCACGGACCCAUGUCUACAAACCUGAUGAUAUGUACAUAAUAGACGAUAUGUAUUGCGCUGUGUCUGACAGUGAAGCUUACCAUCUUGGCCAGGAGGAGACUGACUGGUUUGAGAAGCCGCGCGAUGUUCGUGGUUCUCGUCACUAUGGCAGUCAUUCCUCCUCUGGGAGGCGUGGCCAUGUCAAGCACACGUACCAUGAUUAUGAUGAACCUCCAGAGGAGGACCUCUGGCCACAAGAUGACUACGGUCACCCCCGGCACACAUCUUCCCGAGAGCACCGUCACCAUGGUAGUGGAAGUUCUGGCAGGCAUUCGUCCUCCCGCCACUCUGAUGAGCAGCGCUCUUCUCGUUCAUCUCGCUCCUCAAAGGACCCAUCCUUGCGUCAUGAAUCCCGUUCCAUGUCCUCAUCUUCGGGAAAGAGGGGUGACUCUCGUUCUCAGGGCUACCACUGCUCUGACUACUCCCGUGACCCCUCAGGCCACCAUCAUAGCUCACGCUCUGGGAAACAGUCCUCCCACCACCAAGGUUCUUCCAGCAGGAAGCAGCAGGACCUUCAAGGCCACCCAUCGUCCUCUAGACAGCCGGGUUCAACAGGUUCAGGGCAGAGGGGUCCAGGUGGACCAACAAGCUCGAGCCGGCAGCCUGGACCUCAGCAGCAACCUGAUCCACAACAGGGUCAACGAACACAGCUUCAACAGCAGGCACAGACAUCAGCGGCCAGGCCGGGACAGCAGACACCAGUGGGUGGUCCUGUGCAGCCCCAGCCAACGCAAGCCCAACAACUUCAAGCCAAACCUGGCCAGACUGGGCCUGCAGCACGUCCACCUACUACAGGUGCCCAAACAACGCCUACAGCAACUAAGCCUGAGCCCACUCCAGUCACCGCUAUCGGAGCAAAGGCAGCCAUGACCCAACCUCCUAAAGCAGCCCAGCCUCCUCUUACAGGAAUCGGCUCUAAGGCAGCUCCAAGGCCAGGCGGAAUUGGCAGCGCUGCAGCAGGGCAGCCUGGUAUGGAAGGAGAGAGCGUGCUGUCUAAGAUCUUGCCUGGAGGAGCUGCAGAACAGGCUGGCAAACUGGGAGAAGCAAUCUCUGGAUUCGGCAAGAAGUUCACCUCCUUAUGGUGAAACGAUCAAACUAACGGGUGUCUACAAAAAUGAUGGAGCAUGAUAAAAGGCUUUGUACUGGAAAAACCUAUGAAGUUUCCCUUCUACGUUUUACUUUAUAAGAAAGUGUGAAAGAAAGAGAGAGAGAGAGGGAGAGAAGUAAUCUGGGUGCACUGCCAACCAGGACUGGAAUCACAGGAUGCUAUUCUUCACUCUAGGCCUGGGCACAUGAUCACAGAGGGACUACGCUGCUUUCCUCUGGCAGGCCAGACAAUUGCUCAGAGGUUGGAUUCACUCAAUCAAGUUCUGGCAAGCCAACACGACCAAAGAUACCUCCAGAUCCCCUUCUUCAAGCAUGGCAGCCUGAGAGCUUUUCCUUCAGGCCAACAGAGAGCAGUUUAACGCAACAGUGGCAAAAAUCAGACCCUAUCAACUCCUGCACUUUCAACGGAUUAUCUGCACCCCAUGGCUUCACAUCGGUGUGUGGAUGUUGCUCUUGGAAGGAAAAUGUUGCUAAAAAAAAAAGAGGAGCAGGAAAGUAUGCUUGCUUCAGAAGUUUCAAGCACACAGAAGCGUAAACACGGUUGCAACACAACAAAAGCGCGUGGCUUGCCGGAUUUUGUGAUUCCAUGUUCCUGUAGCUACUUAGAUGACAAACUUGACUCCCCUCUCAUCUCAGGGAUGGUAGAAAAUGCAGUAAAAGUAAAUAAGGCAAAACUUCAUAGGUUUUUCCUCUCCUGUAAAUUACCUUUUUUGGUUCUGACGUGAUACCGUUUAAAAAGAAAACACGAGAAAAAAACAAACAAAAAAAAAAGCAAAGAAGUGAAAAUGACCUUGACGACGGCAACACAAAUGUCUCCAUCGUAUGCUCAGUUUUUAACUCUACAUUCCAGAAUGAAAAAAGAAGUCCUUUUUUUCUUCUCUGAAUGCAGACUCUUGUUUCUCUAUUCUCUUGCGAUGUGUUUAAGACGUGUACAGUGGAUUCAGAAUGCAUGUAACUUUAUAUCUAAGACCUUACACUGUUCACCAAUUUAAUGAGAGUGGCCAUAAGACAAAACUGAAGCGGAAAGAAAACCUGGAUGAAGACGGAACUAAUACGCUCUGGAUAAACACUGGACAAGAGGACUGAAAUAGAAUUUUCGGAGAGAGAUUUCGAGGCUUAGACAAGUCAGGUCUUGUUUGUCAGUUAGCCAUUGCAAAGCCAUUAAAGAACCACCCCUUGAAUGAGGGCCUGGUUCUGUCACAACUGUUCUACAGUAUCGGGGACUUCGGAGUUUCUGAUGAUUUUGUUGUGCAGUCUGUUGUCGUUGCCUAAUUUUCUUUCUUUCCAUGGAGAGAUGUCGCCUUAAACAUUAUUACUGACUUUAUGUUUUCAGAACACAUUUUUCUUUUUUGUCCAUGUUUUUUAAAUUAUUGUUUUGCACACUGGACACUGCUUGUAUAUACAUGACAAUAACAAGCCAAAAGGCUGGGAAGUGUAUUUCUAUUUUUUUGGAUUUAGAUUCUAUAUUAUUUUAUAUGUUGAUUUAUUUUUAUUCAUUGUUUUUAUGGUUUUCAUUACUCUGUUAACUUAUUACAGUAUUUAUUUUUCAUUUGUAUCAUUUAUUUAUUUUUUUAUUGGUUUAGAUGUAGAAAAAAAAAGCAAUAGUGGAUGGCGGUCAGUCAGUCAAGAGCACAAUCAUUAAACGUUUAUACACUAGUGGUCAGGAGAGCAAUGCAUCUGUCUAUAAAACUGAAGCUUUUCUAGAAGACCCAGGCAUGCUGUCCAUCAAGUCUUGAAAUGAAACGAUUGCCCAGUCCUUGUGCUGGCAAUAAAACAAAGACCCAAGACCCAAGCCAACUCUUCGAAUCAAAUUAAAGCAAUAGACUUGAGUAAUAACAGAUUAGCUAUCCUUAAACUCGUGAUUUUGUUUUAAGCAAUUUUUGGGAUAAAAAACAGUUCCAGUGUAAUUGGAUAGGAAAAAGCAAGAGAAAGUUUUCGGGGGCUGAAGGUCAAGACAAGUGUCGUUGGCAUCUCUAGGAUCACAUUCAGUGUCUAUAUUCUUGCCUAAUCACGUUACGCCAUGACAUCAAAUCGGCAACGAUGUUCAGCACAGACAAAUUUGCAUGUAGUGUAUUCCUAGCUGUACCAGAAGCCUCUCAGGUCAGGUCCUCCAGCAGUGUGAGCAGUUUCUGUACUUGUGUUGGACAGGGUAGUGAUGGGCCUUUAGGUUUUAGUGGUAUGACUGAAAUGUAGCUAAUUAGGCUGGGGUGAUAGCAUGCUCUAGGGGAAAAAAAAAAGAAAAAUAAAAACACUCAAGUCACCUCGAUAUUGUUACACGGUACAAGUGUGAGUGAAUUUGGAUGUGCGUAUGUAUGCCUUUUGGGGUUAUGAAAAACAAACCUGAAAAAAAAAUCAGACCAACAAACAGAGGGGGUGAUUUCGAGGAGCAACUUUACAUUUCAAAUGUUCUAUGCAAUGAUUCUUAUUUGGGGAAAUGAAGAAAAAAAUAAUAAUCUGCCGAGAGGCGAGACACUGCUUAAUAGCGUCACUCUAGUCGUUCCAGAGAAAAACUAGCUAGUAGUUCCGACAAAAAGAACAACUUCAAUACGGGAUUGACUUGUUUGUAAAUAGGUAAUUGUAAAGAGUUGAAUUGAACUUUUGUUUUUGAGAUUUCGUGGCAUGUUUGAGCUCCCACCCCCACCAUGCAGCAGUUCAAGCGGCGCAGGCCGCAGGGCUUUCCGCAAGUGGCCAUCGAUUUCUGUCACUUCCUUCUCACCUCACCCAUGGGAUUGUGGGUAGCUGGGGGUCCUGCACUUACUUUUCAUGAGUCAGAGAGACCACCACACCAGAUGCUUAGCUGCCUGUUUAUGCACUUGUUAUUAUGUAGAAUCUGUACUGCAGCGUGACUGUACAUAUGACAGGAAUGCUGGGAGGUAGUAACGAUUCUAUUUAUAAAGGUGGUGUCCGAUAAACUCAAAGAAAAACACAGUAAAAACAAACCAUUUCUGAGAAGUAAAAAGAGGUUGUCCCAAACUUAAGUUCAGCAGCAUUUUGUAUAUGUACUUGUACUUCUGUCAUACGUUCAUCACAUUUAAAAGACUAACUAACUACAGGCUAUGGGAGAUAUUGUGCAAUAUUAAACACAUUAAAAGUAGUUAUAGAGGAUAAGAGGAUACAAAUCUAGAUCUAAUAUCUUUUAUCUAAUGGGACCAUUUCAUUUUUCCUGUUUUAUUCCAUUGUUGCCACUGUGCUUUAAAGACCUGCCACAACAAAAUAUUUGUUGAUUAAAUGAAAACCACACUGCUUUAUGUGGUUAGAUAUACUUCCAAAAGCAUUUUAAAGCGAGGGUUUGUCACGUAAUCCCUUAACUGACGUACACAGAGCUCAUGGUAAAUGUGUUUUAAUAUAUUAGUUUAUAUGUAGAAUAUAUAAUAUUUAUUUUUUCAAACAUACAAAUUCUAAAUAACCAUACCUAAACCUUAUUUUAGUACGUAUAUAAAUUAUAUCACACCUAAAUAAUAUUGAAGAGAUAAAUAGAAUUUAUUACAAAUAAAUAUAUGAGACAGAAUGCAGAUGGGGUGGGGAACAAUAAAAUGUUAGCAAACAUAUAAUAAAAAAGUUAAAAGCUGACUGCAGAUCGGUUCGAAUCUACACAAAUACACAAAGUAAAGCGUAUAGAAGUCUAAGUAUAUAUUAUUAGAAAUUAUGAGAAAAUAUGAAAUUAUGGCAAAAUGACAUAUGUAUGUUCUUUUUUGUGUAAAAUUUAUUUUUGUGUUUACUCUCAUUCACCUCAGGAAAGCACACAGUCAGUGUGUCAUGGUGACAUAAAAGGGGACUUAAUAUGCACAGCUGUAAGGGCUUAUUUACAAUACUGAGAAAGCCAUCUUGUUUUUCGCCCUGAGCUUCACUGGAUCAGUAGGGCUGUUUGGUGGUAGUGUGUGACAGGGAAUCCACAUCAUUCCAUGUCUAAUUGUUUUACACCAACCAACCUACCAAAAACAAUAGUAGUACUACCAGUACCGUGCUGUUUUCCCCCAGGACUUUCGUUGCUCUGGCUGGCUGUUAGCACACAGAAACAGAAUAUCUAGGUGAAGGGCUAGUUUAACAGGCCGUGUUUGAACCUAAUCCUUGACUAAAAGGAGAAUUCAGUGGGGAGUCCAGCAUCAGGCUUAGUGUAGGCCUCGCUGAAGUCACAGAAGCCAGUAGAACGUUUAGAAAGUUUAGAAAGAGAUAGAAAAGGACUGAGAAGAAAUGUAAAGCUACAAACAAUCCUGUCACUCGAACAUCAGGGAAAAACUCAUCUUUUUGUUUAAAAAAAAAAAAAAAGUUAAGAAGUAACAAGUGCAUGAGCCUUUAGCAGCAGUCCACCGAUCCCCUUCCUUUUCUCCUCAGACCCACCGGCGGCCAUUUCUCACUAUAAAUACCAGACCUGUAUGACAUGUAAAUCUCACACGUUCACACACAAACCUAAACGGAAAUAGCAAACGGUGUGUCAAACAACGACCUGCCAAAAUUGUUCUUUUGUGUAUAAAGUUGUGGGAGAAAAAAUUAAGUAAGUAAAUAAAUAAAUAAAUAAAUAAGUAAAGGUCGCAGCAUCAACAACUACCGACAAAACAUUAAAAACUACAUUGUGUAUGUGGUCGGCUCAUGUGGACUGUUUGGAGAAAAAAAAAAAAGAACAAGUUGUAUUCGGAAAACAUUAUUGGUCUGUGUAGAGUUUCUAUACAUGUUGUGUUUGUAUAAUGAGAAAAAGAAAAAAAACUUCCUUCAUGAAGAUGAGACCCUGGCUUCCAUGUAAUUUGUGGGUUGGGGUAGGGUAAAUCAAUUUUGAAAGGAGAUGUGUAAGUUUAAAUAUAAAACAGCAAAAUAAUAGCUGAGAACUUAAAAAGGGAUCGAAAUAAUAAUAAUAAUAAUAAUGAUAAUAAUAAAAAAUUGUUACAUUCACUGUUGUAAGUGCAAUGAGCUAUUAUUCAUGUACCCAUUGUAAACCUUGUGUAUGUUUCAGUGUAUACCUGUAAACAGUUGUAGUUGGCUUGGUGCAUCAUGUCAUGUUAUGUGAUGAAUGAAAUAAUGACCCUACAAUACAUUUCAAUCAGGAAAAAAAGAAUAAAUAAGAAUUUGAAAAACAA